AGGGGGCGGAGAGAAGCCGCCGCAGCUGCAACUUCGCCUGGAGCCUCAGAGCCGGGGCUCAGCCCGAGACCCAACCGCCGUCAGCGCGGAGCCGCCGCUUUCCCGGCCCUGGCCUCAGCCCAGCGGGCUUGGCCAUGGCAGCCGCCGCCUCCGCCGCCGUCGCAGCGGCGAGUCUGGUUCCUGCGCUCUCCGCCCGCCGCUGAGCAGCCGUUAGCCCACCGCCCGCGCGCCCGCGCCACCUCGGCCCAGGAUCCGCGCAAGUUUCCGCGGCCAGAGAAGCAGGAGAAGGCGGGGGACGACGGACGUGGGGAGCCAGACGCCCCCGGCCCACCCGGCCUUCCUGCUCGCGAUGUGGGGGCGCUUCCUGGCCCCCGAGGCCGGCAGCCGGGACAGCCCCGGUGGGGCCCGCAGCUUCCCGGAGGGCCCAGAUUAUUCUAUAUCAACAUGGUUACCUGGUAAUGAAUCAUUGUGGCAGGCCACAACUGUUACAUCCAAUCAUCGAAAUAUCAGGAGACAUAGUAUAGCUUCUGACAGUGGAGACACUGGCAUUGGAACUUCCUGUUCUGACAGUGUGGAAGAUCAUUCAACAUCAAGUGGCACUUUAUCUUUCAAGCCUAGUCGAUCAUUGAUUACUCUUCCUACUGCUCAUGUCAUGCCGUCCAACUCCAGCGCUUCAGUUUCCAAACACAGGGAAGCACUGACAUCAGAUGGGUCAAAAUGGAGUACAAGCCUCAUGCAAACCUUGGGGAACCACAAUAGGGGGGAGCAGGACUCACCAUUAGACAUGAAGGACUUACGGCCUCUCCGGAAAUGGUCAUCUUUAUCCAAACUCAGUGCCCCAGGUAACUGUAGCCAGGGUGGCAUUGUGCACACAGAAGAGUCAAGGAGUGGUUUGGAAAAGAUAGAGAGAGGCAAGACUUUACCAUCACAACGGAGAACAGUUGGGUCUAGCUGCUUACAUGAUAGUAUGGAGAUGCUUAAGCUUGAGGACAAGGAACUAAGUAAAAAACGGUCAUCAAUACUGGACUACAAAUACAAAUUUGAGAGCUAUAACAAAGAGGACUUUAGAACUUGUUCCUCCAAUCUUAGAAGACAGACUGUAGACAUGACAUACAGUGCCUUACCUGAAAGCAAGCCCAGUAUGACAAACUCAGAGACUUUAGAACUUCCGAAAUAUUUAAUGCUUGGUCAGCAGGCAGUCAGUGGAGUUCCCAUUCAGCCUUCUGUGAGGACACAGAUGUGGCUUACAGAGCAGUUGCGGACAAAUCCUUUGGAAAGCAGAACGACAGAUGACACUUUCAGUUUAGCUCCUUGGCAGCAGCAGCAGCAAAUUGAAGAGUUUCGACAAGAAAGUGAAACACCAGUUCAGGUUUUGACUGGAUCAUCUCGUCAAAGUUACUCACCUUCUGGCUAUCAGGACUUCAGUAAGUGGGAAUCAAUGCUGAAAAUAAAAGAAGGACUACUGAGGCAGAAAGAAAUUGUAAUUGAUCGACAGAAGCAACAAAUUACCCACCUACAUGAAAGGAUAAGGGAUAAUGAAUUACGGGCACAACAUGCAAUGUUAGGCCAUUAUGUCAAUUGUGAGGAUGCUUAUGUGACUAGCUUGCAGCCACAGUUUGAGAACACUUCACUACAGGCUUCAUUUUCAGAUCAGUCAGUAUCCCAUUCCCAGCAAGAGGAACUUGAGCAAAAGCUUGUGUCUACUGAGAAGGAGGUGUUACAGCUCAAUCAAUUUCUCAAACAAAGAAUAAAUCAAUUUGGUGAAGAAAAGAAGAAGCUGGAGGAAAAGCUUAAAACCAGAGAUAGAUAUAUCAGUAGCCUAAAAAAGAAAUGCCAGAAAGAAGCUGAACAAAACAAAGAAAAGCAGAGAAGAAUUGAGACCUUGGAAAAGUAUCUGGCUGAUCUGCCAACGCUGGACGAUGUACAGAGUCAGAGUCUACAGCUGCAGGUUCUAGAAGAAAAAAAUAAGAAUUUGCAAGAAACGUUGACAGAUACGGAAAAAAAACUUGAGGAGAUCAAAAAACAGUGUAAAGAGAAAGAGGCUCAGUUAAUAUGCCAGAAAAAGAAAGAAAAGGAAUUGGUAACUACAGUUCAGAGUUUGCAACAGAAAGUAGAAAGAUGCCUUGAAGAUGGAAUCCGCCUUCCCAUGUUAGAUGCAAAACAGCUUCAGAAUGAAAACGAUAAUCUGAGAGAACAGAAUGUGAAAGCUAGUAAGAUAAUAGACAGCCAACAAGACGAGAUUGACAGAAUGGUUUUAGAAAUUCAGUCUAUGCAAGGGAAACUUUCUAAAGAAAAAUCAACCACUCAAAAGAUGAUGGAAGAUCUGGAAAAGAAAGAAAGAAAUCUACAAAGGUUAACAAAAACAUUGCUGGAUAACCAAAGACAGGCUGAAGAAACAUGCUCUUUGUCGGAUCAUGGCCAGGAAACAGACCAACCCAGCCAGCAGGCAUUUCUUUCUAAGCGGCCUCUAUUUGAUUUGAGUGUGAUUGAUCAGCUGUUCAAGGAAAUGUCCUAUUGUUUGUUUGACUUGAAAGCAUUAUGCAGUAUUCUUAAUCAGCGUGCUCAGGGCAAGGAGCCUAAUCUUUCAUUACUACUGGGAAUCAGAUCAAUGAAUUGUUCAGCUGAAGAGACUGAAAAUGACCAUAGCCCAGAAACACUCACUAAAAAACUGUCAGAUGUAUGCCAGUUGCGAAGGGACAUUGAUGAAUUAAGAACUACAAUAUCGGACCGCUACGCUCAGGACAUGGGGGACAACUGCAUUACCCAGUGACCAAGUGUUGGUUCUACAGCAAUAAUGACCUGUUGUUAAAUGCUGCUGUGUUCACAGUUCUCAUGUUUCCUUUUAGUAGCCAUAAUUGCAAGUGGCAAGUAGCAUACAACUUGCACUUUUUUUUUCCACCCCUAUGGAUUUAUUUUGGGGGGAUGGAGAUAAGGAUAGGGUAAAGGGUAUGGGAAUGUGAGGAUGUUUCUAAGGGACUUACCUAAUCAGGCCAAAAAUUGAAUUGCCGUGUGAAAGAUCUGAUGAAACCUGUAAGAAAAAAGAUUUAUAUUCUCAAACUACUACUGAGUAUAGGACCAAACUGUGAAGAGUGCCCUUCAGAUAAAGGGGUAGGAUUUUUUCUUUUAAUCCUGUAGCUGUGUGUGUGUGUGUUUGUGUGUUCACAAAUUAUAAGCAUUUCUAGGGUCAGAGCUUUGAUGAAGACACACAAUAUUUAUUCUUGUAUUUCUUUUCUUUCAUGUAGAAGCUUGUGUUGUACUUUGGGGUUUUCAAGGGCUGGCUGAACAAGAGUUCCAGCAGCAGCAGGCAAGUGUUCUAAUAGUGGGAAAACCAUUUGUAGUUUGAAUAAUCACUGUGUUGAGAUGAUGAGGUUGUGGGGUUGGUUUGAUUUUAGGACUGUAGAUAGGUCGGCUGUUUUUCCAGAGUGAUUGUGGUUGACUUAGAGGUAUGAAGUUUUGAUGUGAUGAUCUUUUAUGAGCAUUGUAAUUUAUAUACUAUAAAGCAUUUUAACACAAUUUGAACUAAUUUUGAUAUGUCCCUUAUUAUUUGCAUUUUUUAAUUUAUAAUAGGCAAAGCCAUAUAUAAUCACUAAACUUCUAAGGGUUGAGAUUAUUAUUGUAAAAAAAAGAUUAACAAAAUGACUCUGGAACAAUAGCUUAUUUAUCCAAAUCUCAAAUGUUUACAUUUUAAUAAUUUUUUAUCUGUUUUAAAUUCGAAAUUACUUUAAGAAAAAGCCAACCACUAUAUUCUUUAUAUCUGAAUUAUCACUAGCGUAAAACAAAAUAUAAACCUGGGUAAUAUUUCCAUUCUUUUAUUAGGUAAAGUACAUUCAAAAAAGGAUUUUUCAUAGAAUAUAAACUUAGCAAACAAUUCUUCUGGAGUGCAGGACAGCACUGUGAUUUUUUUUUUUUUUUAAAUAGAGAUAAUCAUUUAAACUUUUAGAUGAGUAUUUCCCUGUUUUAGUUAGCAUUUUGGAAGGACUAUAUGAUUAUUUCCAUUGUCCAUUAUAAGCUGGUUCGAUCACUUGACCAACCAGAUCUCACUAAGUCCAGGCUAAAUAAAAAGGCUGAAGGAGUAAGGGGUGUAAAUCAAACAGGAUAAGACUACUUUGAUCAAGAACAGAUAGUAUGUCUGGUUUCUUGCCAGGCUUAUAUACUGGAUAAAGGAUGCUCCCAGAAAAUAUUUUUCCUGAUUAUCUUCAGCAGUGAAAACACAUGAGAUAAGAUUUAAAAGGAAAAUGUCCAGGGAGAAAUAUUUGAGUUCAAAAUUUGGCUCAUAUCCAGAUCUCAGUAAGUUAUCUUAUGUCUCAGUAGUUUGUUACAAUACACUGUUAGGGGCAUCAGACUUCUCAGUACCUGAGUUCUCCCAGCUUUUCUUACCUCUUAGGAUCUGAGCACUGUGAAAUCAGUGCAUUGUAGUCAUUCUGCAUCCCAAGUCCCCUAAGCUAAUGAGGAAGGCCUGAGCCACUGGUAAGAACUCAGCUUCCUAAUGUGUUCAUUUGCUUUUCAAUACUGAUGGUUUGAAGACAAUCAGGGAAUAAUAAAUUUGUACCAAAAAUCUGAUGCAGGAAACCUGCUUUGUAAAAUUUAAUAUCCAUAAAGUAGUCCUUUCUAGUAAAAUAGAUACUAGAAUUUAAAACAGAUAAAACCACAAGUGCAACACAGAUUUUACGUUCUUUUUUAUUAGACUCUUCUCCCUCUAUCCUCAAUCUCCACAAUUUUGCAAGUAGAGGCACAGUAAAACAAUGAAAAAAGAAUCACUAAUUUGGGCCACUAAAAUCUUAAAUUUGAUUGUUUUAAAGAAACAUUAGGUCAUUUAUUUUAACAUACUGUAAUAUACUUGUUUUCUGUUGUCGUGGUUUGAAAUCAUUUUCUGUUUUUUAAAAUAAGUUAGUUUUACAAAAGUUAAUAGAAUUUGACUUAACUCAUAGAUCUUGUAAAAAAAAUUAUUUUACUUAGCAGGAAAAAAGUUGCUGAUGUAUUUUAGUUUCCAAAAUGUGUGCUCCCUCCAAAAAGAACAUGUAAGAUGUGGUUUUCAAGGUAUAUUUUUGAAUUACAAAAUGUAAUCUCUUGGAGUCUGGAGUUUAUGACGGGACCUAGAAAA